AUGCCUUUUUCGAAAAACGGUAGAGCCGUUGACGACGCACAUCGCUCGAUUCGUCGGGUCCAAAAGCUUCCGGACCUUGGUGACAUCAAGACUUGCGACCAGCUUUACGACGCCAUGGAUGAGCUGCAAGCCGAGCAAACCAAACAUGGGCCGUACAAGAAUCUCUGGCUGGCGCGCAUACAUCCCUUCGUAGAGCGGCUCCGAAUAUUUUCCAGCGUCGUUGAUGUCCUAGCGCAGGUCAAGCCGGACAUUCUCGGCUUCAUCUGGGCCCCGAUAAAGUUGAUUCUUAUGUCCACAGCGCGAUGGAGGGAAGGAUUCGAGAAGGCGGUGGAACAGAUUGCCAAAAUCGGUCAAGACAUCCCAGAUCUGAAGAUUCUAGAGUCACAAAUCGCGCAAAGCACGCACAGCAAGGGCAUCCUCGCCCUUUAUUUUGCGGACCUCCUCGACUUCUAUGCGGAAUUGCUUCACCUCUUCUACAAGUCUAAGCGAAUACUCGCGCCGUUUUGGCCAGGGGUUCUGGAAAGGUUGGAUAAGAUCCGAGCCCGCAUGCGAGGCCAUAUAGAGCUCAUUACCCGCAGAGCAACCUUUCAGCAUAUUCGUGACUCUGAAGAGGCUAGGGUCAAGAUGCUCAAGGAGUUUAGGGAGGCCGAGACUUCGAGGGUCAACCAGGCCUUUGUCGCGCUGGAAGCCUCCAUUAGCCCUCGGAUGUACGACGAUCGACUCGCUUGGCUAACGCCCCGUUUCUGCCCCGGUACUUCAAAAUGGCUAGAACGGGAUGCGGUAUUUCUCGAAUGGGUAGACAGAUCAACCGACAUGUCUCCCCGGGUCCUGUGGCUUCAAGGCAUUCCGGGUGCUGGCAAAACCUUUCUCGCAUCUCAAGUUACCACGAUCGUCAAAGAGGCUGGCCCCACGCUCUUUGCAUUUCCUAGACACGACCAAAUGAGCACAACUGAUAUAUCUAUACUUCAUUCCCUGCUUUUCCAACUGGCUUCGUACGACUCUGAGCUGCCGCGCGCUCUGAUCGACACGAGUAAACACGAUCUGAAGACGAAGCCGGAGAUUAGUGCGGAGUUAUUAAGCGAGGGCUUGAAAAGAGUAGGCGGGGCAUAUAUCGUUGUUGACGGGCUUGAUGAAAUGGAGGAGUUUUCCCGCAAGAAGCUUCUACUUCAUUUCUUGCAGAUGGCAGAUGCCUGCAGCGACCUUCCGUUGAGGCUAUUCUUUAGUAGCAGAGCAGAGGAUGAUAUCAACGCAACCCUCAGUGCAAGAGCUAGCAUCAUAUCUGCCCAUGCCAAUAAUGCCGUGGCCAUCCAGUGCUACGUCAAUUACCGAAUCAAGGCACUCCUGGCGUCACUAGCGAAUAAGGCCAAAGGAAUGUUCCUCUACGCCAAAAUCGUCAUUGAUAACGUGAAACAUUUGACGAGCAUCGACGACAUCCGCUGUGACUUGGAGGCGCUGCCGGAAGACCUUGAUGAAGUGUACAUCUUCAAGCAUGAAAGCAAGAUCAUCAAUAUGAGCGAGUCAGUUCUAGACCUCCUCACCGCGUGUACAACCUAUCUCAGUUACGAUGCGCUGGAUCCAGAACUUGAAGGUGAACAAGUACAAGAAAAUAUCCUUAAGGGUAGGUACCGCUUCCAACAAUUCGCCUCUCUUUACUGGUUCGCUCUGGCCAAGAAAUAUGUUCGUUCCGCACGCGAUUCAAAAGACCUUGGUCCUGUUAACAUUCUACUCCAAAAUCUCCAUGACAAAUGUGAAAACCAGGACUUCCGAGUUAGCGUAGACGAGAUUGCCGACGGAAGCCAGGAGGUGACUCUCCCCACACGAUCUCCGCCGUGGCCGCAUGCACCCGCCUUUACAGCCCACACUGUCGGGUUUCUGGAGGAUCAUCUAAAGGACCUGUGGACCUCUGAUAAUGGUGAGGAGCACUUCUAG